GGGCUCUCCAGUUCCAGCUGCUGUAGCUGGCCGUGAUUUCCUGCGGCUGUUCGUUCUGGAGCUGGGGUACAAUGUCGCUGCAAGGGGCGGCGGGGCCUGAGGAGCUGGUUUUCUAUGUGAAUGGGAGGAAGAUAAUAGAGAAAAAUGCUGAUCCUGAACAAAUGCUGUUGCCUUAUCUGCGAAAGAGACUCCGUCUUACAGGAACUAAGUAUGGCUGUGGAGGAGGUGGCUGUGGUGCCUGCACAGUGAUGAUAUCAACUUAUGAGCCAGCUUCGAAGAAGAUAAGACAUUUUUCAGCAAAUGCUUGUUUGCUUCCCAUUUGCUCCUUAUAUGGUGCGGCAGUUACCACAGUGGAAGGUGUUGGAAGUACAAAAACCAGGGUUCAUCCAGUUCAGGAAAGGCUUGCCAAGUGCCAUGGCUCCCAGUGUGGUUUCUGCUCCCCUGGAAUGGUGAUGUCCAUAUACACUUUGCUAAGAAACCACCCAGAACCAACUUCAGAGCAGAUGAUUGCAGCUCUGGCUGGGAACUUGUGCCGCUGUACUGGAUAUAGGCCGAUCCUAGAUGCCUGUAAAACCUUUUGUAAGGAAUCUGUUUGUUGUCAAGGGAAAGAAAAUGGAAAGUGUUGCUUGGAUCAGGAAGAUAAUUUGUUUGACAAAGAAAAUAAGAUUUCCACCAGACUAUUUUCAACAGAUGAAUUCCAGCCCCUAGAUCCCACCCAGGAGCUUAUAUUUCCUCCAGAAUUAAUGAGAAUGGCUGAAAAUCAACCAAAGAGAACUCUGUUUUUUCAUGGGGACCGAAUGACAUGGAUUUCUCCUGUAAGCUUAGAUGAAUUAUUGGAUCUGAAAGCUGCCCACCCCAAAGCACCUCUUGUGGUUGGGAACACCAGUGUGGGACCUGAGAUGAAAUUCAGAGGCAUAUUCCAUCCAAUUGUUAUUGCUCCUGGCAGGAUCCUGGACCUGAAUGUGGUGACACGCACGGAUGAUGGAUUAACUUUGGGAGCUGCCUGCAGCCUCUCUCUAGUGAAAGACAUCUUGACAAAUGCAAUCGCAGAGUUCCCUGAAGAGAAGACAAGGGUUUUCUGUGCUGUCUUGCAGCAAUUAAGAACUCUUGCUGGAGAACAGAUAAGAAACGUUGCUUCUUUAGGUGGAAACAUCAUAAGUAGAAAAUCAACCUCAGACUUGAACCCUGUUCUGGCAGCCAGCAACUGUAUGCUCAAUCUGGCUUCAAGAGGAAGAAAGCGUCAGAUUCCUUUGAGUGAUAUUUUUGCAGAUGGAGUUGGCAACAAUACCAUUACGCCAGAAGAGAUCUUAGUCUCUGUCCAUAUUCCCUGUUCUAGGAAGGGGGAGUAUGUCUCUGCAUUUCGACAAGCACCAAGACGGGAAAAUGCUCUCCCAAUAACCAAUGCUGGGAUGAGAGUCCUUUUUGAAGAAGGUACAGACGUAAUAAAGGAUUUAAGUAUUUUCUAUGGAGGUGCUGUCUCCACCACAGUCUCUGCAAAACAAACCUGUUGGACACUUACCGGAAGGCACUGGAAUGAACAAAUGUUGGAUGAAGCUUGCAGACUAGUUCUUAAAGAAAUUGCUCUUCCAGGCUCAGCCAGUGGUGAAAAUGCAGACUAUAAGAAAACUUUGAUAGUCAGUUUCUUCUACAGAUUUUUCCUGGAAGUAUUGCAGUGGUUGAAGACAAUGGAUCCUGGCCACUAUCCUGGCAUACCUAUGGAAUAUAGGAGUGUCCUACAAGAUUUCCAAACCAAAAUGCCCCAGAGUAUCCAAAUAUACCAGGACAUAGAGCCAAGUCAGUCUCCCGAGGAUCCUGUAGGACGGCCCAUUAUGCACCAGUCUGGAAUUAUGCAUGCCACUGGUGAAGCAGUUUACAUUGAUGACCUUCCUUCUGUGGAUGGAGAGCUCUUCCUGGCUGUCGUCACUAGUUCCAGAGCUCAUGCUAAGAUUGUAUCUAUAGAUACCUCAGAGGCUCUAAAAGAACCAGGUGUGUUCGAUAUCAUAACAGCUCAUGAUGUACCAGCUACAAACGAGUUUUACUAUUCUGAUGAUCCAGAGGUUAUAUUUGCAAGGCACAAGGUGAUUUGUGUGGGACAGAUUGUCUGUGCUGUAAUUGCGGAUUCAGAUGUUCAUGCCAAACAAGCAACUGCAAAAGUGAAGAUAGAGUAUGAAGUGUUGGAACCAGUGAUCUUAACAAUUGAGGAAGCUAUAAAGCACAACUCGUUCUUUGAGCCAAAAAGACAAUUAGAACAAGGAAACGUUGAUCAGGCAUUUGAAACUGUUGAUAAUAUAAUUGAAGGGGAAAUUCACAUUGGGGGACAGGAACAUUUUUACAUGGAGACUCAGAGUGUGCUUGCUGUUCCAAAAGGAGAGGAUAAAGAAAUGGAUCUGUAUGUGUCAACACAGCAUCCAGCAAUUAUUCAGGAGGUGGUAGCCGCAAGUUUAGGCGUUCCAGCCAACAGGAUCAUGUGCCAUGUUAAACGAGUUGGUGGAGCUUUUGGUGGGAAACUCCUGAAAACUGGCUUACUGGCAUCAGUUGCUGCAGUGGCAGCAAACAAAACCAGCAGACCAGUCCGUCUUAUUCUGAGUCGAGGGGAUGAUAUGUUAAUCACUGGUGGCCGACAUCCUUUUAUUGGUAAAUAUAAAGUUGGCUUCAUGAAUGAUGGUAGGAUCAGAGCUGUGGAUGCCAAAUAUUACAUUAAUGGAGGAUGCAGCCCAGAUGAAUCUGUCCUGGUAGCAGAAGUAUCCUUGUUAAAAAUGGACAAUGCAUACAAGAUUCCCAACUUGAGAUGCCUGGCUUGUGUCUGCAAAACAAACUUGCCAUCAAACACAGCAUUCCGAGGGUUUGGCUUUCCCCAGUCAGCACUGGUGACAGAAACUUGGAUAACAGAAGUUGCAGAUAAAACUGGUUUAUCACCAGAAAAGAUUAGGGAAAUAAAUAUGUAUAAGGAGAACGACCAGACACACUUCAAACAAAAGCUUGAUCCACAAAACUUAAUACGGUGUUGGAAUGAAUGUAUGGAGAAAUCUGCAUACUACAGUAGGAAAACAGCUGUCAAUGAAUUUAACAAACAAAAUUACUGGAAGAAAAAAGGGAUUGCCAUUGUACCAAUGAAGUUUCCAUUUGGACUAGGCACACGUUAUCUUUCUCAGGCUGCUGCUCUCGUUCAUAUUUAUACUGAUGGGUCUGUGCUUCUGACACAUGGUGGAAUUGAAAUGGGGCAGGGUAUUCAUACAAAAAUGAUGCAGGUUGCUAGUCGGGAAUUGAACAUCCCCAUGUCAUGUAUUCACUUCUGUGAAACGAGCACAACAACUGUUCCCAAUGCAUGUGCCUCAGUAGGAUCUGCAGGGACAGAUGUCAAUGGGAUGGCUGUGAAGGAUGCUUGCCAAACUCUUCGGAAACGCCUGCAGCCUAUCAUCCACAAGAACCCAAAAGGGACCUGGAAUGAUUGGAUCAAAGAAGCUUUUGAACAGAGUGUGAGUCUUUCAGCUACUGGCUACUUUAGGUUUUUGGCCAUCUGGACAGCUAAAUGUCAUAGAUUGCUGAUCACAUGCCCUCCUUCUGUACUUAUUUAUGUGGGGAUUUCCUUGUGCAAUGGGAAAAAUUUGGCAGGGCUGUCUCUGGAUAAACUUCCAUCAAAGAACCUCAGAACAGACAUUGUUAUGGAUAUUGGAUGCAGCAUAAAUCCAGCUGUGGAUAUAGGACAGAUUGAAGGUGCCUUUGUUCAAGGCAUUGGACUGUACACAAUGGAGGAAUUAAAGUACUCUCCAGAAGGAGUCCUCUAUACUCGGGGUCCAGAUCAGUAUAAGAUCCCUGCUGUUUGUGAUAUUCCAGAACAAUUUAGUGUUUCCUUGCUGUCAUCUUCCCAAAAUCCUUAUGCCAUCUAUGCAUCCAAGGGGUUAGGUGAGGCAGGGCUUUUCUUGGGAUGCUCUGUGUUCUUCGCCUUGAGAGAUGCAGUAACUAGUGUGAGGAAUGAAAGAGGACUGAAAAACGCCUUUGCACUGAAUAGCAGCCCUCUGACUGCUGAACAAAUACGGGCAAGCUGCGCAGAUGACUUUACUGAGAAGAUGGCAAACAAUGAAUCUGCUUCCUCCACUCCUCGGGCCAUAUCUGUGUGAAUGGCAAACCAGAGUACACAAGACUGGAAUGGAACGGAAUGGAAAACCGACUUACUGUCCCAAUACACACUAAUCAAUACACAGAUAAAUAUAUUUCUCUCAUUUUCAGAAUAGAAUCAGCUACCAAAAAUAUGCACAUUACAUCUUCUAUCCUUAUCUUCAUUCUCCAUCCAGUAUAUUCAUGACAGUACUUUGCUUAAAUGACUACAUUUAAUUGUCAGGAAUACAUCUCCUGCAUUUGAAGCAUAUAUAUUCAACAAGAAAGAUCUGAUGAACAGCUCAGCUCACAUGCUGCAGGAGAAUAAAGUUAGGAUGAAGUAUAAAGGUAUGUUAGAUAGCCUACUGCCACUUGUUACAUUUAACAACUUCAUAUGAUAAAUGAUUUUUUAAUGACUUCAGCUAAUUUUCUAAUUCAGAUUUGAGUCUUGCAGUGGAGUGUGAGGACAGAGAUCUUUGCUGAAGAAUCAGAACCUUGUUUGUUGGAUUCAGUCCUUUUUUGAUCAGAAGUGAUGCUCUGAUUUGUGGUAAAGCUGCUUUAGAUUCUUUUGGCACAUCUUUGUGUUAAAAGCAUGCAAGAAACAAGAGUUAGGAUUUUAUUUUGCUAUGCCAGGCAAAUUGUUAUGGCUGACCUACAUAUAUAGGAGAUUAAUUUUAUCCCAAAAGUUAGAAGAGUCACUUAGUUGUAAUUUCCCCCGGAAGCUUUCUUCUUCUCAUGAAGCAAGCCAAAAGCCUCUGAAUUUAUUGAAAAAAUUAAAAGGAGUUCAGUGUGCUUUGAAUAGGAGACUGGAUGAACCUGUCUCUGGAAAGGGUUCUUAAGCAGUGCUUAAUCCUGUGCUCAGGACUAUAUUAAGCCAAGGAAGUACAGUUAAGAGCUUUCUCCCGCUCUUGGCUACUCCUGUGAUAAAGAAGAUAGAUAGAAAAAACAUAAUGAGAUGGAAAGAUUAUCUGCAAAGAUCAGUCACCUGACGCUGUCUAUGGUGCAGUGGGAUUACACCAUAACCAAGUAGUAGUAGCUGGAGAAAAUGGGGAAAUAUAAAGCAGCACUGUAUUAAAUGGUAACAGAAAUUCUGGUGUUAUUAAAUUUGAAGUAUAUAUUUGUAUAUAUACCUAUAUACAAAUAUGUAUAUAUUUGUAACCUAAGAUGAGACCAAAAAAUUACAGAGAAUGUAUCAAAGUUAAUAUAUUAUGAAAGCUCCAGCCACAGUAUUCAUAUUUCAGCAUCAGAAUCUACAAUAUUGAACUGACUGAGAACUUCAACCAUUCCUCCUCUUGAAGUGCAAAGCUGAGAUUUCAGUUCUGAAUGCACAUAUGCACAAAUACACAGAUCUCCAUGGUAUUUGAAUUUGGGGCUUUGAUCUGGGAUACAUCCUGACACAGAGAAAACACUUGAUUUUUUUUGUGACUCUACAAAUGUUGCCCGAAGUAGCACCUAAAAAUUGCGGUAGGUUCUUUGAUAAGAAAGUAGAACUGGGAAAAUAGGUAGUUUGUAUGUUCAGUGUGUGGUUUCAGUGACCCUCUGCAUCAGUUAUUUGUUGCUGAGUGUGGUGAUUGCUCUUCCAGUUAUUCAUAGGUCACAUUGCUCCAGAGCCGUGAAAACUGCCAUUUGUAAUGAUAAUAAAUGGCUCUAAUUUGUUUGACAUGUCAGCCUGCAGGCUGUUAUUAUUUCACUUCUCCUCAAUUUUCCACAGACGACUUUCUCUUCUUGCCUUCUAUCCCUUCUGUUUAUGAGUUGAUACUGUUAUUUGUGACAGAAAUCAAGUUAGUAGGUUAAACUGUUUUCACAUUGGCUAUUAAGAUAUAAAAUCUUUGUUGUUUCAAUUUGUUCAUCUCUCUGUAACCACUAUGAGUAGGUGAAAUUCAGCUGCUUAAACAUAGGUGUCUAGACCAUUGUAGAUGUCAUAAGACAGGAGAGACAUAGGACAGCACAGAACUGGAAGAUACAACAUAGCAACUGGAGGCCAAGCAGGUUAGCAAAUCAUUUGAAGCGGCACUGGAAGUGUGGUUUAGGCAGCUGAAUCUCCGUUGUUUUUUACUUCUUUUCCUUCACUUCUUUGUAUUACUUUGGCUUAUAUAUUGUAAGAAAGUCAAUAAAUCAAAUUAAAUGUGAA